GUUUUCAGACUAGCCUAGUGAAUUCGGUAUCGAUACACCAGGGGAAAAAAAGGAAAACCAGUUGGAGCCAGGUUUACUGUGUUUAUUGGCGCUGAGCUGUCUUCAACUAAACUUGGUGUUUGUUGGAUUUAAUCAGCUGUUCGCUGGCUGACCUUUUGUUGGAUCAACAUUACCUCCCCUUUGUUUACAAUGGCCACACGCAAGAAAGCUUUGCUGUUGUGUUAUCAACUACAAACCAAUAACCACAUUCUAAGGCAAUCUAAACCAGUUGCCCAAGUGCUAGGGUUUACAUGUGCCAGAUCACUAUCAACAUCACAGACAUGUCAUGCCAAAGAAUAUGCCUUUGAGAUGGCAUGUUCAAACAUCAGAUAUGGUGAAGGUGUUACUAAGGAAGUUGGUAUGGACUGUAAAAAUCUGGGUGGAAAACAUGUUUGUGUGAUGACAGAUCCUCACUUGGUGAAGCUUCCCCCAGUUAAAGCAACCUUAGAAUCUUUGGAUAAAUAUGGAGUCAACUACAAACUGUUUGAUAAAGUCAGAGUUGAACCUUCCAAUCACAGCCUGAAGGAAGCAAUAGAUUUCUGUCUGGCCAACCAGUUUGACCUGUUUGUGGCUGUGGGGGGUGGGUCAGUGAUGGACACGUGUAAGGCAGCCAACCUGUACAGUAGUAAACCAGAGGCGGAGUUCUUGGAUUAUGUCAACGCACCCAUCGGCAAGGGUUUACCUGUCAAACACGCCUUGAAGCCACUCAUAGCAAUUGCCACAACAGCAGGCACUGGGAGUGAAACAACAGGCACUGCAGUGUUUGACUUCAAAGAAAUGAAAGCUAAAACAGGUAUAUCCAACAGAAGCCUUAGACCAACCCUAGGUAUAUUAGAUCCCCUUCAUUUGUUGACCAUGCCAGAAAGAGUGGCAGCAUACUCAGGAAUUGAUGUUUUAUGUCAUGCAAUUGAAUCUUACACUGCGAUGCCUUACACAGAGAGACAGGGUCAAGAAGACCCAAGCCACAGGCCAGCCUACCAAGGCAACAAUCCUAUUAGUGAUAUCUGGUCACUACAUGCACUUCGUGUUACUGCUAAAUACAUCAAAAGGGCUGUGUACAAUGUAGAUGACAAAGAGGCCAGGUCUUCCAUGUUGUUAGCCAGCUGUUUUGCUGGCAUUGGCUUCGGCAAUGCCGGCACACAUUUAUGUCAUGGUAUGUCCUAUCCCAUUUCUGGCCUUGUAAAGAAUUAUAAAUCCAAAGAUUACAGUGAUGAUCAUCCACUAGUGCCUCAUGGUCUUUCUGUUAUAAUUACUGCCCCUGCUGUUUUUGAGUACACCGCCCCUGCUUGCCCUGAACGCCAUUUACAAGCUGCUGAAGCCUUAGGUGUUGAUAUCCGAAAUGUAAAGAAAGCUGAUGCUGGUAAAGUUCUUAGAGAAGUCUUACUAAAAAUAAUGAAGGAUAUUGAAUGUCCAGAUGGCAUUUCAUCAUUAGGCUACACUAAAGAUGAUAUUCCUGCUUUAGUAAAAGGAACAUUACCCCAGCAUCGAGUCACCAAACUGUCCCCACGUCCUGCUGGAGCAGAGGAACUUACUGAGCUCUUGACGAAAUCUUUAAAGAAUUAUUAACUGUCAUACAUUGGUUAAAAAUUCUAAUUCAGGGAAUCGUGUAUCCAAUUUUACUGUCAAAUGUUUGUGGUAAAUAUUUACUUCCAGAUGUCCAAAAUAACAAGCUUAAAAGGUUCUGUGGCAGAAUCCAAUGUAUAUUGUGGGAGUUACAAUGUUUAUGUAUGUGAUAACUGUAGAUCUAUGUAAAUCUCAAAACUUUUGUAUCUUGUUUGCAUCAUGAAAUACAGCACCAAAAUAUUUCUUAGAAGAAAACUUAAAAACUAUUUUGUACUCAUAUUCUGAAAGUUUUUCAUUAUACAUGAUUGACUUACUCUUUUGCAAUACAUACAUUAUACUUACCCUUUAAAAAUGGUAUUGUUUCAUUAAAUGUGAUCAUUGUAUUAUAACCAGUAUCCAAAAUAGAUUUUAAAAAAUGUAAUCAAAUUGCACUGUGUUCCUAAAAGAUUACAAUGAGAUUAUUUUUUUAAAUAAUUUUACUCAAUGUUCAUCUUAUCCUAUGCACAAUGUACAUUUUGAAAUUUUCUGUAAGUCAGUUUUAAAAAUUGUAUUUAUUAUCUAUAUUUAUAUUUGUCACUUCUCCUGAUAUUCUGGUUACAUGGUUUUGGUGUUAUUUAUAUUGCCUUCCUUUACAUAAACUAUAAUUUUUCAAAAAAUGGUCUAUUGCUUUUGUCCCUUAGUGGAAUUUGAAUAAAAUUAAAUAGAAAUAUGA